AUGUUUAUACUUUUUAUUUUAUUUGCAUCAGGUUUCUAAAAACUCACAUUAAUUCAACCACAAAAACUCAUAAAUAAAUUAGGUUCAGAUAUUAAAUAUAGCAUGGCUAAUUUUGGGUAUUCAAAAAUCUAAGUUAUAGUGAAAUACCUUGGGGUGAAAGAAUGAUUGGAACAUUAAUACCUACAUAUCCUAUUCUUGGAUGUGAAUCAAUAUUACCUUCUUAAGAUCAUUAAUUUAUAUUCAUUCAAAGAGGAGAAUGUACUUUUGUUACUAAAGUGAGGAAUGCUUAAACAGCUGGAUUCAAAUUUGUUAUUAUAGGAGAUAAUAUAAAUGAUGAUAUUGAUAAUAAUUUUUCUAUGUUAAAUGAUGGCACAGGAUCCUCUAUCAAUAUUCCUUCAAUUAUUGUAGGUAGUAAAUGGACUAAAGAAUUUUAAGAUAUUUUUAAAAAUAAAAACAAUACUGAUUAUUCUGAAAACACAAUAAAACUAUUAAUGAAAUUUGAUAUUAUCAAAUAAGAUAUUGCUCAUGUUUUAUUUUCUAUUGAUUUAUUAAAUCCAAAUUCACUUUAAAUCAUAAGUGAUUACAAACCUUACUAAUAAUUAUUUGAACAUCAAUUAGUAAAAUACCAAUUUCUAUAUCCUAUAUUCAGUUUAACUUACAAAACUGAUGAACAAUUUAAUAUUCAAUCCUUAAAUUGCAUUGCUUCAGGAAGAUAUUGUACUUUUGAUCCUGAUGGAGAUGAUUAUGGAACUGGUUAAGAUGUAUUAGAAGAAAUUAUUAGAUAACUUUGCUUAAAAAAACUUAACAUCAAUGUAUUUUUUAAUUAUUUAGUAAUCAUCUCAAUUAUAUUAGGAUUUAUUUAAAGAUUAAUGUAAAGAACCUUAUUUAUUUGAGUAUUGUUUUUCACAAUUAAUUGUUUUAUUAAAUUAUCCAAUUUAAAAUGUUCAUUAAUGCUAUGAUAAUUCUUACAAACAAUUAAAGUCUAACUCAAAUAACAAGUUGAAUUUUUAUAAUACUUUAUUGGAAGAAUAACUAGAAAUUAUUUCUUAAUUUUCAUACUCAAGUUUUCCACCAGUAUUAUUAAACAAUCAUUUUGUAAUAAAAAAUGUCACAGCUAAAAAUAUAUUUAUCAAUCUUUGUGAAAGUAUUAUUUCAUUUUAUAUUAAUAGGUUUUUUAAAUCCACCUAGAAUAUGUAAUAAUUAGAUAGAUCAUCUAUAAACAGAGGAUAACUUAUAUUAAUCUAAUUCAUUCAUAAAACUAUUAAUUAUUUUAUUAGUUGUCCUCCUCAUAUUUUUAUUAAUUGCAACUUUAAUAUAUAAAAAGUUAAUGCAAAGGGAUUAGUAAUAAUAAACGACAGAAUAAGUUCAUGAAUUAGUCACUUAAUAUAUACAAUUUGUGGAAAGCAAAGCUUCUCAAAAAAAAAAUAGUUAAUGA